AUGUCCUUCGCUGACACAGUCAGCAUGAUGGCCGCGGCUGCAGCGGAUGCUCGCCUCGCGCUCCGCAUCCCGAGCCGCUGCCUGCUGCCGCUGCUGCUCGUGUUCGCCUCGCCGCUGCCCACGCGGAGCCGGGCGCUGCUGGGCUUUCGUCCCGAGGACACGGGAGCGGAGCUGUCCGUGCAGGACGGGGUGCUGAAGGCGACGGAGGGCACGCGAUUCACGCUGCGCGUCUACUAUGCCGCAACAACUCCGCAGAGGUUCAACCGGAGCGUCAGCGUCAGCGGUAGAUCCGACGCGGCUGCCGCGCCCUGGAUCGCGUUCAUCGAGGAGCCGCAACCGGGCCGACAGGGGCAACUGCAGCCGAACCCGUGCGCCGAGGAGAGCGCGCGCAGCUCUGACAUCGAGCUCCUGGGCUCGUUCCGUUCCGCCUCGAGCCACCACAACUCCAUCCUCGUGGAGCUGUUCGCGAAGGAGCUUCGCCGCGGCGAGAAGCUCAAGUUCUACUCCAUGUGUGCGUUCGACGGCGUCAAGUGGGAGCAUUUCCGCACGCGGGACUUUUGGGUGGCGGUGGUGGAGCGGCCGCCGCAGCCGGAUGCGUGGCUGCAGGUGACGCUGUCGGUGUUGCUGCUCGCGCUGUCCGCGCUCUUCAGUGGACUCAACAUCAGCAUGCUCGCGUUGGACCCGGUAGAGCUGCGCGUGCUGAUGAGCAGCGGCACCGAGAAGGAGCAGAAGCACGCCAAGAAGAUCGAGUCGGUGCGCAAGCACGGGAACUACGUGCUCUGCACGCUUGUGUUGGCCAACGUCCUCGCCAACACGUACCUGGUGAUCUGGAUGUGCCAAAUAUUGGGCAUGACGCUCGUCUCCAUAGCGACGUGCACCUUCGCCAUCUUUUUCGUCGGCGAGAUUCUACCGCACUCGGUGGCCUCGCGACACGGACUUGCCAUCGCUUCCAAAACCAUCUGGUUCACGAGGCUGCUGAUGCUUGUGUCGUUCCCGGUAACGUACCCGAUCAGCAAGCUGCUAGACAACAUGCUACACCAGGAGAUCAGCAACUUCUACACGCGCGAAAAGUUGCUGGCCAUGUUGCGAGUGACGGACCCAUACCACGAUCUCGUGAAAGAAGAGUUGAACAUAAUCCAGGGCGCGCUCGAGCUCCGGACCAAAACCGUGGAAGACGUGCUCACGCCGUUGAACGACUGCUUCAUGCUCUCGUCGGAGGCGCUGCUCGACUUCUACACCAUGACCGACAUCAUGCAGAGCGGCUUCACGCGCAUCCCGGUGUUCGAGAACGAGCGCUCCAACAUAGUGGACAUCCUGUUCGUCAAGGAUCUGGCGUUCGUGGAUCCAGACGACUGCACGCGUCUGAAAACCAUCACGCAGUUCUACAAACACCCGCUACAUUGCGUGUUCACCGACACCAAACUAGACGCUAUGCUGGAACAAUUUAAGAAAGGUAAGUCUCACCUGGCGAUCGUGCACCGGGUGAAUAACGAGGGCGAGGGCGACCCCUUCUACGAGGUCAUGGGCAUCGUCACGCUGGAGGACGUCAUCGAGGAGAUCAUCAAAUCAGAGAUCGUGGACGAGACGGACCUCUACACGGAUAACCGCAAUAAGAGACGUGUGUCCCAUCAUGAGAGGAAGCAGCAGGACUUCUCGCUGUUCAAACUGUCCGAGAGCGACAUGAAGGUCAAGAUCUCCCCACAGCUGCUACUGGCCACGCACCGCUUCCUGGCCACAGAGGUGGAGCCCUUCAGGUCGUCUCACCUGUCGGAGAAGAUCCUGUUGCGUCUUCUCAAGCACCCAAGUGUCAUGCAGGAACUCAAGUUCGACGAUCGCAACAAACGCUCCCCGCAUCACUUCCUCUUCAUGCGCAACAAGCCUGUGGACUACUUCAUUCUGAUCUUACAGGGACGGGUAGAAGUGGAGGUGGGGAAGGAGGGACUGCGCUUUGAGAACGGAGCCUUCACCUACUAUGGACUUCCCGCCAUUACCUCUCUGAUGCCAGCAGUCCACAGGUCCCCCUCCCGGAGUAGUGGUCUGAACCGUUCAGACUCAACUCUGCACGCGUGCAGUUUGGGACAACUCAGCACAGGGGGCGGAGCUUAUCUACCAGACUACUCUGUUAGACAGCUCACCAAUCUCCAGGUCGUCAAGGUGACUCGUGGUCAUUACCAGAACGCGCUGACGGCCAUGCGUAUGGACAGCUCUCCCCAGACGCCGGACGCAGAGACGCAGGGCGGUCACCCCGCCGGGCCCGAGACGCGCUCACACAGCAUCGCGCUGCCGCUCACACACACACGGCCGCACCACACACACCUCAACACCGCCACACACUCCCCGCAGCCGCAGGACAGCGACAGCACCAGCAGCCUCAACGAGAGGAACCGCAUCGUCCGGAGUAAAUCAGACGGGCAGAGGAGUCCCAGUGAUUCUGUGUUUCUGCGAAUGGAGGAGAUCCCCUACAGCAGCCGAGAGAACACACACCAAGACACACACACCACAGCGAACCCGUUUCUUAACCGGUUCCGGUCAGAAUUCUUUGAACUGUGA